AUGAGGCCGCCGAUGAGGUCCAGCAUAGCCUGUCUAAGAUGCAGGAAAUUCAAAAUCAAAUGCGAUAACGACAACAUGGGAUCGCCUUGCGGCACAUGCAUCAAGGCUGGACACAAGUGUGAGUAUCGCGACCCAACGCCUCUCCCGGCGAGACGAGCAGAACCGCCGACCGCAAAAAAGCAGGAGAGUGUAGUCGGGAACGACCGGAAGCGAGUGAAGAAGCCCAAAGACACAACCUCCUCCGACGGCCGUACUGUGGCAGCGCUUGCUCAGGAAGUGCUUUCAGCGCCCUAUCUCACCGUAGACCUAUGGCAUCAACUCUUCGACAUCUACAAGCUCCACUUCGCUGCCGAAAUCUCCUUCCUGCAUUUCCCAACGCUCAAGGUCAUCAUUCGCGACAAGGACAUCAAGAAGCCGUCAACCGAAUCAGAUCUGAUCCUGUUGGGUAUUCUGGCACUUACGGCAAGAUUCCACCCUGAUUUGGUCAAAGAUGUGGCGCACAUCACCCAUGGCAAAACGGCGGGCCCGAAAUCUCGCGGUACUCUACCCAGGCCAGAGCUUUCAAUGGCACCGGAGUACUUUACAAAUGUUCUUAUAAAAGCGCUGGGACCGCUUGAAUCAGCCUUGACAACAGCUACCGUCGUCCAUGUCCAGGCUUUUCUCAUGCUCGGCGUCUACAAUUGGAGCCAGCCAAAUGGGGGCCAGGCUGCAUGGAUGUACAUUGGCGUCGCCAUACAGAUGGCUCAAGUCUUGAAAUUGGGGGUUGGAGACAAACCAUUGAGCGGCAAGCGAACUUGGGCACCGUCUCCUGGGCCAGGUAAAUCGACACAAGUACCCUCGGACCGUUGGAGAGACCAAGAGAUCAGGCGCCGUACUAUGUUCAGUUGCUUGGUACUGAACCGCCUGUUAUCCUGCAGAUCUGAUCGGGUUUCCAUGGUCAGGUCCGACGAUCUUCAAAUCCAGCUGCCAUGCACCCAACACGCUUUCGAUCUCGGCCGCAUCGUCUAUACCGGAUUUAUGCAAAAGAUGGGACAUGAGAUGGAAUCACCAAUUGACGACAGCGUCUUGAGCCGAUUCGUGCAACUGGUUGAUGUCUGGGGCGACAUUACCAAGUACAGUCUCGCGGGCGGCCGCUAUACGGAAUCACUUCCGCCGUGGGAUGAAGAGUCGGCUUUCAACCAACUGCGAGUGAAAGUAGAUACCUUUUACAAUCACCUUCCAGACGAGUUCACCUGGUCUAGAUCGAACUUUUUGAAACACGAUAACAGCAUAUAUGUGUCACUGCACAUGCUGGGUGCUCUCUGCAAGAUCAUGCUGCAUCGCGAAUACAUCCCUUUCAUCGCCAUCAAUUGCCCCGAGCCGAUUGGUCCUCUGGACGAGCCCGUGUUCGAUCCCGAGACUGUUCCCAACCACUUUUGGGAGCGAAGCGCAGAGCAGGUCUUCAAAGCUGGAAGGGAAAUCAUCGACCUCAUCUCGACAUGCAGAGACAAACUUCCUCAUUCGACGCUGGUCAUAUUCGCGAUUUGGCAAGCAGCGUUUGUGGUAAUAUACGCACGGCACUACCCUCACAUGGAUACUCAAAAUCACAUGGUCAGCAAACAGGAGAUCGAAGAACGGAAUCCGGGAACCAUGUCUCGGAACACGCAGACGGGGAACACCAGUAUCGCUUUCCAAGCAUUGACCAAGGUCGCACUUUACUUUAGCAUGGCCUCUAACUACGUCACGUAUUUCAAAGACCUUGAUCAGUAUCUCACCAAGGUCUACUCCGACUACACGAAUCGAGAUUCGAGGAAGAGCGGGGAUGGUUCUCCAACCAUUCGACUGGGUGGAGGUGGCGGCGGACUGGAAGAGUGGAGGGUAAAGGCCGACGAAAUUCGGGAGCCAUGUCUGAGACAUGCAGACGGGAAACACCAGCAUCGCUUUCCAAGCAUUGAGCAAAGUUGCGCCUUAAUAUAG